AUAAAAUUGUUUGCUUGUUUUUUUCUCUUUAUAAUCUCAGAGGUUUAUUCAAGUUUUUAUCUCGUAAAUUUGUGAUUUCUUCUCCCCGUAAAUUAACGACUUUAAUCUCGGAACAUUUUGAUUUUUUUCUCAUAAUUAUUUUUUUAUUUUUUCCCGUUAAUUUACGACUUUAAUCUCAGAAAUUCUAAAUAUUUCCUCUCAAAUGUGUGACUUUAUAAUCUCAGAACAUUCCAGUUUGUAUUGUAAAUGUAAGACUUUGUAAUGUCAGAGUUGUUUUCUUGUGAAUGAGUGAGUUCAUAACGUAUUUAUAUUUUAGUAUUCCAGGUUGAUUGACCUCCCAGAGUCCCUUUAGAUCCGUGGUCUGUGAACCCGACAGCGCUGCCACAGCUUCCUGUUGCAGAGGGCAGGCGGCGGCGGUGGAUCCAGUUCACGUCCGGCCGUCAGACGUGUGAUGAAACUUUCUUGGUAUUUGUGGUUUCAGGUCUGAAAACAACUUCUUCACUCUGUGACAGAGGAAGUGAAGAACACUCUUCUCUUCUCUCUCUCUCCGUGAAGACAGAAGCACUUUCAGACGGGUCUCUUCUGGUCUCUGAUCAUGGAUCCUCUUUGGUUGAUCCUCUCGCUGGUUCUGGUGUCGUGUGCCGAGGCCGAGAUCCCGACCAAUGUCACGGUGGCAACGGGUCAAACCGCCACCUUGACCUGCUCGAAUGUCACUAAAGACGUGUACUGGUACAUUGAGAUACGCAGCCAGGUCAAAGGGAUCAUCGCCAGAACCUUUUAUCCAGGUCACAAUGGUGUCAGGUACUGCGACACCUUUACCAACCAAACCAAAUACAUCGCCAUGGGGAACCAGAUGAAUGUCACCAACGUCACAGCGGAGGAUCACAGGCUCUACUUCUGUGGCAGCAAGAUUAAAGGUGAAACCAUCACCAUUGUAGAAACGUUCCGCCUCCGUUCAGAUGUUCCCAUCACUCCAUCCACCAACGACUCCAACCAGCAGCAGCACAGCUGCACCAGAUGUCCGGGUCAGCUGGUCGUUUACGGCUCCUUCGCCCUGAACGGCGUCCUGGUCCUGGUGAUUACAGGGUUACUUUGUACUCUUCUGUGUUGGAAGAGGAAGAAGAACAACGACCAGGUGAAUGAGCCCUCACCUCUCACCUACGAAGACCCACAGACCCUGGAGACGCCUCAGUACGAGGAGAUCCAGCUGAGAUCCCCCCCGCCGGCUUCUCCUCCUCCAGAGUGUAUUUACUACAAAGCCCAGCGGCCUCGACCCACCACGUCUCCACACCACUGAUACCUGGAACCACUGAUACCUGGACUCCUGGUGGUACCUAGACGCCUGGACGGUACCCGGACGCCUGGACUCCUGAACUCCUGGACGCCUGGACUCCUGGACUCCUGGACGCCUGGACUCCUGGACGGUACCCGGACGCCUGGACUCCUGGUGGUACCUGGACGCCUGAACUCCUGGACGCCUGGACUCCUGGACGCCUGGACUCCUGGUAGUACCUGGACGCCUGGACUCCUGGACGCCUGAACUCCUGGACGCCUGGACGGUACCCGGACGCCUGGACUCCUGGUGGUACCUGGACGCCUGGACUCCUGGACGCCUGGACUCCUGGACGCCUGGACGGUACCCGGACGCCUGGACUCCUGGUAGUACCUGGACGCCUGGACUCCUGGACGCCUGAACUCCUGGACGCCUGGACGGUACCCGGACGCCUGGACUCCUGGUGGUACCUAGACGCCUGGACUCCUGGACGCCUGAACUCCUGGACGCCUGGACGGUACCCGGACGCCUGGACUCCUGGUGGUACCUGGACGCCUGAACUCCUGGACGCCUGGACUCCUGGUGGUACCUGGACGCCUGAACUCCUGGACGCCUGAACUCCUGGACGCCUGGACUCCUGGACGCCUGGACUCCUGGUAGUACCUGGACGCCUGGACGCCUGAACGGUACCCCCGACGCCUGGACUCUUGGUAGUACCUGGACGCCUGGACGCCUGAACGGUACCCCCGACGCCUGGACUCCUGGUGGUACCUGGACGCCUGAACUCCUGGACGCCUGGACUCCUGGACGCCUGGACUCCUGGUAGUACCUGGACGCCUGGACUCCUGGUGGUACCUAGACGCCUGGACUCCUGGACGCCUGAACUCCUGGACGCCUGAACUCCUGGACGCCUGGACGGUACCCGGACGCCUGGACUCCUGGUGGUACCUGGACGCCUGAACUCCUGGACGCCUGGACUCCUGGACGCCUGGACUCCUGGUAGUACCUGGACGCCUGAACGGUACCCCCGACGCCUGGACGCCUGGACGCCUGAACGGUACCCCCGACGCCUGGACUCCUGGUGGUACCUGGACGCCUGAACGGUACCUGGACGCCUGGACGGUCCCCGGACUCUGGUCCUCUCUGCUGUAGUAUUUAUAUUUGACCUCUGGUUGUUGUGAAUCCGGUCCGGAGCGCCUUAAACCUGCUCAGGAACCGGUUCCGGGCGGUCGAGCUGGAGUUGAUGAUCAUAAUGUUAUCGUACUGUUUUUUAAUUUAUUCAGAUCUUUUUGGGUUGUGUAUUUGUGUUUGUUCGUAGUUUGUUUGUCCGGCCCGGUGGAGUCGAGGUGUUGAUGCUCAGACUGCGAACCCAGACGGGUGUCGAGGUGUGAUUUGUGUAACGGCGGUGUGUCUGACAUCAGCUCGGCCUCUUGUGGCGUUCACUUCCUGUCUUCUAGUCAGAGCUGCGACCGCAGUCGUAUCCUCCCUGAGGCCGGGCGGUCGCUGCUGACAUGAGCUGAAGGAGUUUCUAUUGAACCUGCAUGAUGUCGUCUGUUUACAACGUUAAUACAACGUCAAUACAACGUCAAUACAACACUCUGUUUUUGUCCGUCUCUUUAACUUUUAGAUGACCUCAGAUCUUCAGACUGGGAUGAGUCAGUUACUGUAAACCACGUCCUGCUUCGUCAGCAGCUUUAAACCCUCGGACUGUAUUUAUGUUUUCAUUAUUCAGCAGUAUUUAAAUUAAACUUUUCAACUGUUUCCAAAGUGUUGAAACUUCAGGCUCGAAUCAUUAAAGUAAACAUCUCUAUCUUCCUCUAAUGACAGACCGAUAUUAACUACUACAGUCGGUGGGUUGUUGGUUCAUACACUGUGGUUAACUUAAUAAAGUUCCUCUAUUUAUUGACCUAAAUCUCAGUUCUGUAAAUAUUCUCUUAUAUUUUUGGUAGAAGAAAUUCUUCAGAGGAAAAUCCUCACCUGUCUUCAAAGAAAACAAAUUUAAAACUUUUUCAUUGUAACAAUUGAUCUUUUAAGAACAUAUUUACUGACAGUAGAGAUUAUUUCUAACAUAUAAAGGUCAAGAUUUCUAAAGUUAUCAUGACUGAAAUUAGGAUUUACAGUAUUUAAACCUUGUUUUUAAUGAUUCUGACGUCAGUAUAGAAGGUAAAGUCGUCGGCGUAUCGAGUGAUGCAACUAAAACUGUGAUAUUGGAGAUAAAACAGCCUUGAAGCUUUGGUAGAGGGAGUGAUCUAGGUUGUUUUUUCCUGUUUUCACGGUGGGAGGAGACUGACUGCUCUGUGGUCAGACGUUGGUGGAGGGUAAACCAGCUCACUUCUUCUUUGGAAACUGCAAAAAGCUUUAAUUAUCACACCUUUCUGGAGGUUUAUCUUCUGUAAGCUGCCAAGUAAAGAACGAGUUCCUGUAAUGUGAACGUGUGAAGAGGAGUGUUUGUUUGAUUAAAUCUGUUCCUGAGGA